AUGGAGCUCAGACGGAGACGAGCUGCCACGCCGCAGAAGCCAUCGCGACUGCAGCCAACUGAAGCCCUACAUAUGACUACUCGUGCGGCAUCCAAGGCUGCUUCCUCGAAUGGAGGCUCUAGUCGGCGUGGUUCACUCUACUCAAAUGGGCAAAUCAGUCCAAUGACUGGUAACGACAAUGAGCCGGACAGGUAUCCUAAACGAAGAAGAGUUUCCACUGCUUCCAAGUCCACACCGACUGCCGCCAUCUACAACUCUCAGUCUUCUUCCUCGAGGCCGUCUACGAGGAGCAUGUCUGGUGGAAAUCUCCAGCCAAUCGCUGAAUCGUCUCCUAUGCCACGUAGGAAGAGGAAGCGAACGUCAGACGUCACAGCUGAGAACAUCUCAGUAGCUCAACCUAUCAAGACUAGGAGUGAAUUUGAGCUCGCCCUACUGUCUCCUGCCACAAAGAAGCAGCCACCCAGGAAGGCCAAGAGAUUUUCAAACUCGUCUCGAGGUCAGGAGACUGCCGAGGAGGAAGACGAGGACGACGAGGAUGAGGACGAAGAAUCUGCAGAAAGCGAUAUAGAUGCUGCCGAAGAUGACCUAAAGGACACCGUAGAAGUCUUCGAAGACCUACAUCCUACAGCGAAUGGCCAUGAAGAAGCAUCGCUGAACGAAAAGUCCAACGGGAUCACAGAUGUUACAGCAGACGAUUGUGAUGAAGACGAUAGCAUGCACGACGCAGGAGCUCCUGCAGGCGUUGACCAGGAGAUGGCAAAUCAGCAGCAAACGCAAAGUACAGAUUCGAAGGACGUUGCAGAGCAGGCAAGCGACAUGCAGAGCUUAGAGAUUGCUCCAAAUGGCUCUCUGUACUCUCAGGACGGUGAUCAACAAGCAGGCCAAGACGGAGACGAUGCAGAGGGCGAGUAUGAUGAAGAUGGAGACCUGGACCUUUCACGUGAUGAAUUGACUCUGCCAAAACAACUCGGCAUAACAACACUUGACCCUACGCCAGUCGUUUCAGCCACAGCAUCUCCAGUGGGUUCGAACCAAGACUCCAAUGCGGAGCAAGAGUCCCCGACCAAGCACUCAGCAUUGAUACCGGCUGGAGAUGCAUUAACCGCAAGUCAAAAUGGCGAUAAACCUGUCAAGAAAUUACCAGGAAGGCGCAGAGCUCCCCAUGCCAACCCAAAGGUCGAGGCUGCUCUGCGUAGACAACUCCAUCUGCGCAUGGCCUACAGAUCUGUGGCUAAGAAUUUGAAACCAAUCCUUACCGAAUUGGCGAAGCGAAGCCUGAGCAGUAUUCACAGAGAUCCUGAGGCGCACACGGCCUUUUCAGAAUACCCGAUGGUCCAGCAGACCCUCGAAGGGCAUUUCCAAGAGCGUCUUGAUUGGAUUCAAAAGCAAAAGAUUCUCAAUAAAAAGAGAUUGGAUGACAUGUUGGAAGAACAAACAGCAAUGCGCAAAAGAAAUUUCGAGCAUGUUGCUCAAAAUAUCGAGGAUGACAUGAUCGUGCAAUUGCAGCACGACUUCCUGAAUAAGCUGCGUCAACAGCGACAGGCUGAAGAUGACGAUUACAGCGAUGAUGAGGGCGACGACGUGAUUCCUUCGCUUCGGCGGGUCACAGCUAAAGGUGCGCUUCGAGGUAUAUUGGGACCCGAAUAUCAUUGGCGAAGUCGGCCUGCUCUUGAAACCGAAAGACUGUUCAAUGAGAUGCACGGGCGUCGUCGAAUCGCCAGCGAACAUAUCAAACACGACAAAUCGUCUGCUCUGGAGGAUCCUCGACCUUUCACCACCUUUGACCCUGUAGUUAGAGACGCGGCGGAGGCUCAACUAAAGAUGAGAGAACUCCUUGCUGCAUUGGGAGUCGCUGCAGAAGAAGUUGCUAGACCUCCUCCGGUACCGAUCGUCGAAGCUCCACCGGCGAUCCCGGUCAUACCGAACAACGAGGCGCUUGGUUUAUUGAUGUUGGCCGAGGCGUCUGCUACCCCUAUUUUCGCUGCGCCUGCGCAAUCCGAAAACGUCACGAUGGAUCCUCCAACAGAUAUCCCUUCAAGGCAAGAUAACCUCAGCGUACCAAGACCCAGCAUGUCUCGCGCGGGAAGCGUCGCUACACCAGCGCCUCCGAGCAAUCUUCCGGCGAAACCUAUGGAGGAACCUUCUUCCGAACAACGUCACGCCACGACCGUUCCCAUCAGCUUUAGUCAGGCUGUGCUUGAACCAUCGACAACGCAGACUGCUCCACUUUUCACAAGGCACUUGCAGCCAGAGCAGCCAGAGCAGAGACCUCAGUCAAGGCUCCCUAACUUGCCGUCGAUAGGCCAAGUCGUAGCAUCACAAUCGCACGCUGAUACGCUGCCGCAGCCAGUGGCAACAUCAGCACCUUCAAAGGCUGUCGACUUUUGGUCUAGUCUCUCUAUAGAUCACACCAAGUCCAGCUCGCAAGGCAAAGCCGAGUUUGUUCCUCACACAGUAGCUCGGCAGAGCUCUGUAGCUGAGCCACCAGUUGGCGGCGGGGCCGAUAUUUCGAAAUCUGAAGACCGAGAGCCUCGACCGUCGUUGCCCGGCUCUUCGACGACGUUGGAACCAUUGCACGAAAAGUUGAGAAGAACAUCAGACUCUUUCGGGCCAUUACUUAACAGACUCGAUGAUCUCGACAACCCUAAGCCACGCAAGAUGCCUGCACCCAAAAAAUCACUGUAUGGGCCUUGGCCUCGCAGCAGAAACUACAAUCCUCUGGAUAGAAGAGUAAGUACGACUAGCACGGCACCAUCCCAGCCUAGCCUGCCAGGCAUUCAUUCGAGGCCAUCGAGUGGUCUGGAGGCCACUACACCUUAUAGCACGUCUGAAACUCGACGACCUAGCUAUGUGGCUGCACCUCCGCCACCAGUGCCAGGUUUUUCUACUUCUCUGGCUCAGUCUGGGCCAUACAACCCGGCACCGAUAUAUGGAUCGGCGCCUCCUCACCCGUUUGCUUAUGAACGAGGCCCAUAUCCUCCCAUGACAUACGGACCUCCACCACCUGGAUUUGCAGGGCUGGCAGGAGGGCCAAUGCAGCCAGGUCAAGGAACACCUCCAUUCUACGGCGGUCCCCACGGUCUUCCACCUCCGAAUCAGCAACAAGGUGGAUACGGCCCACCACCGAUAACUUCUCGACCUCCCCCAACAGCACCGGCAUACGGACCUCAGUACGGAGGACAGCCCAUACUUCCAGCUGGCCACGAUCCUCGAUUUGGACCCACCGGGGCACCUGCAUCAAACAAUGCUGGACCAGCUUUUGCACAAUUUGCACAACACGAUGGACGAAGAAGACGUAAUCAGAGUCUGGGCAACAGAGAGUUCCAGCACUAUCAGCCACGAUGA